AGAGAGGGUGAGGUUAGGGGGACACAAACACCAUUUAACACCUGUCGCCUGUCAGUGCAGGUGGAGACAGUGAAUGCUGGAUAUCUGAACCUGCUGGUUUCCCUGGAGGACUCCUCUUCAGCUUUGUUUUUGCACUCUUCUUUAUUUACUAUAAAGACUUUCUACAUUUGUAUGUCUUUUUCUCACUGGACUCACUUUUUUUUUUUUACUUUUUUCUUUGUUUUUUGAAACCAAGUGGGUUUGCUGAAUGGUUAUUGAAUCCAAAUUGAUUUUUUUUUUUUUUGAAGACUAAAAAGCUUUGGAGGUGUUUUUCAGGGACUUACUGCGAUUCUUUAGAAUAAUCAUGGAAGAAUUCCCAUCCAAGGUUACCACAGAGACUGGCACUCCAACCGCCCAGACGUCUCAACAGGGGGGCAACAGCCUCCGAGGGCUGGCCUCAAGCGUCACCGUCAUGGUGGACAUGACCUUCAUCCGCAGCAUCCCGGCCAUUCUCAUGAUAGCUGAAAUAGUGUUGGGGCUGCUCCACUGGGCAUUAAUAGCCAGCGCUCCCUACACAGUUUUACCAGCGUACGGCUGGGUCAUGUUUGUGGCUGUAACCCUGUGGAUCCUCACCACCAUCCUCUUCUUUAUGAUCCUGUUUGGGGUCCAUCAAAAACUCACCUUUGUCCCUUGGCCCAUGACGAUGAUGGCGUAUAACGGCAUAGCAACAGUCCUUUAUCUGACCGCCUUCCUGGCCAACGCGGUGUCCGUGCAUCCCUUCCGUGGCACGUAUUUCCAUGGACACUUUGCAGCAGCUGCUUUCUUUUCAUCUUUGGUCACAGCAGCAUACGGAGGUAGUGCUUUCUUCUCCUAUUUAGACUGGAAAGGAGACGGAGGAAACGCUGCCACCAGCACAGUGCCGACCUAGGACUCAGAUCUGUGAUGCCUGUGAGGAAGAAGUCAUGAGAAGUUUAACUUUUUUUACAUUUAAACUAGCUUUGGGAACCCAAAUCUACUGCAGUUUGACAAAAUACUGAGAAUAAGUCAAACCCAGUGGACUUUUAAUUCACAUUAAGAGAAUAAAUUGAAUACCAGCUCUGAUUUUCAAUGUCGAUUUUGAUUCUCUAUCCCUGCAGUGUUUGGUGGGUAGCUGCUUGUUCUGAAAAGGAAGAUUUAAUUUUGUCCUUUGCCACAAAAUAAACAUUGUUACUUGUGUUUACAAGAAAUGGCAUGACUAUUUAGUCUUACAUAGGGUGGCAGGUGGGUUUUGUGACCCUAAAAAACAGCCAGGCUUGCUGAUUAUAUGCUGUGAUGCACUGAUGCACCUAUAGCUAAAGUUUCACAUUAAAUACAGACAUGUGAGAAGUAUUAAUGAGCUGGUGGUGUUUUAUCCCUAAAAUGUCAAAUAUUGCUCCAAAAUAAGUCAACGCAGCACAUAAAUUUCUCUGAGUAAUGUUAAAUUGUCAUUUUCAUAUGACUUUUAAAGAACUAUUGUGGGAUAACGUUUUUUUGUUUUGUUUUGUUUUGUUUUUUUUUGUUUUUUUUUUAUGUGAGAUUUAACAUUAAAAAUCUGACCAAAAAAAUCAAUAUUGAUAUUUUUUUCACUGUUUGAUUUAAAAGAUAACUUGAUUAAAACUCACACCAAAGUUGACAGCAAAAAACAUGUUAAAUACAGCAAAGUCUCCAAAAAGUUGGAACACUGUCUAAAAUUUGAUUCAAACACUGGAGCCUCAUCUUUCACAAUAGAAUAUUUUACAUAAUGUCCCAACUUCUUGGGGAAAUUGGGUUGUAAAACAAACUUCUAUCCAUUUUUUUCACAUUACACUGAAAGAAGAAUAAGUUAUCUUACUGAAGUGGGAAAAUGGGAAUUGAGUCUAUAGGCCCAUAUUCCAGAAUGGGAAUACUUUUCACAUCAAAAACCAUCAGAACCAGACUCACAGCCAUCUGCUUUACAGUACAAUGACCCAUGGUCAACAACCAUUAAGUUAUUUUUUCAACAUUGAGUAUUUGUUGUUGACACAGUAUUGGUUAGGCUGGUGAGUACAGCGCAGACCUUACUCCUGUGUUGUAUAUAGCAUGUGAUUCUCACUCAUAUUAACAUGGCAGCACAUGCAAGAUAAAUACAUGUGCAGGACCAAUGUCCUGCAGAGAUUUAUUUUGAAACUCAUUGCUUCAGCAUGGAGAGAGCCAAUGGUGCAGCAUGAAAUGAAAAAUAAAAACGCUGUUCAAAUGAGUGAUUUUAGUACUUUAUAGAGCAAUAAAAAGCAGUUUUUUUGCAGGAUGCUAUGCCCCCUUUAAUGGAGCAAACAUUGUUCCACUAAUGACUCCUAAAGCUGUGGAGAAGUCUCUUACAUAUUUAUGAUAACAUCAUUUGAUGCUCAGCCCUUGUUUUAUUUGUCUUUGUGAUAUAGCUGUGUUGUAUUUCUUUUUAUAAAAAACAAAUGACUGCUGGUUUAAUCCUGUGGUGAGUGCUGAGGAUCAUUUUUAAUAAAGCGACUUCUGAUUCGA